CUCUCUUUCUCUCUCCUCUAGCUAGCCAUUACUUGGAUUUGAUUCGAUUUCUGCAAUUUUCACUGUAAUUUCCAGUUCUCAAACUUCUUGAGAUCUUCACUUUUCCUCCAAGAACUUUCCUUUCCGCUUUUUCUCUCUCCUCUUCUCCUACUUAACCGAUCACUCUCAUUUUCCCUCCUUACAUCUUCCCUUUUCUCCAUUCUCUUUCAUUAAUGGCAGCACAAAUUUCUGUACUCUGUUCAUAACCGACCUCUGUUCUUCAAUCUUUUUGAAUUUGAUUCUAUUAUUUGAAAUCAAAAACAAAAUCCAAAAAUGGCUUUAGUAGUGUUUAUGUGUGGAGAAGAAAAGGCAAGAACGUCGUCGUUUCGAGCAGAAAGGAAGCCAUGGAUGUUAAAAGAUUACCUCGGUGAUGACCUUAGUUCAUGCUCCUCCAAUGGCUUCCGAUCGUUUCCUCGCCGACAAUGUUGUGUUGCGGUUCGUAAUAUUAUCGAAAAGGAGGUCGUUCGAACCGGUCGGAAUAAUAAUCACUCCAAAGCUCCCAAACGUAUGCUUGUAAGAAAUCGAAGCAUUUCGUCUACUCUUCAAAGAGCUUCAAUGGCGGUGAUUAACGCCGUUAAGUUUCUUCCGUUCAGUUCUGACUCAAAAAAUUCUUCGCAAUUAAGCGACGGAAAUCGAUUUCUUUCUAGAAGCUUCUCGAAGAAGCUAUUUAGAAAAAGCUUGUUCUGGAAGAAAGAAAGAAAGAAUAAUAAUGGAGUAGUUAUCAAAAAGAAUAAAGAUGAUCACGAGAAGUUUGAUGAUGAGAUCGAAGAGUGGAUAUCGUCGGGUGUAGUCGGAAAGGAGAAGUAUCAGCCGUUGGAUUUAUCAAAUGAUACGACAGUUACGAAUGUUUCGACGACGAGUAUAAGUAACAGUGACGGUAAAAGUGAUAGUAGUUGGCCUGAUGAUAUUACUUUUACGUCUGAUUCGAGUGAAAACGACGUCGUUGAGGAAGGAGUGAAAAUUGAAGUUGAAAAGGAAGAAGUCAGCAGCAAUAGUGAUGGCGUAUUAACCGGUGAAGCUUCUGUGGGGCCAGCGGAAUUCGUUGAGGAGACAUUAUGUUUCAAUGAAGAAGCUGAAAAAGAACAAUCAAGUCCAGUGUCCGUCUUGGAUUUCCCAUAUGAUCAUGAUGAUGGAGAUUCCUCACCUUUCACCCUAAGAGUAUCAAGGCUUAAAGGCAGUACAGAAAGGCUUAUGAAAAAGCUUGGUAGAUUCGAAUGUUUAGCAGGACUAGAACCCGUAAAUUUGGAAACCCUAAUCUCAUCCAUAGAGAUAGAAGAUAGAUCACCCAAGUGUUCCAUUCAACCAUGCCCAACACCAAGCUAUGUUUCAUCUAGCGAAAGCGAUUACGAAGAAGAAGAAGAAGAAAGCCAUGAAAGUGAAGUAGAAAAACAUGCACAAAACCUUCUUAACAUUACAAAGGCAAAAAUGGGACCCAAAAUCACACACAAAAUUGAUCUUGAAAAUUUGUUACUAGAUUUCUUUCGAGAAAAUGUUACACAAAAGACAAAUGAUAGCAUGUUAAAAGGGGCCGAGGAUUGGCUAAAUGGUCACUAUGAUAAGUUGAUAUUAGGGUGGGAAGUUGAGGGUAAGAGACAAGCUUACAUUAGAGACAUGGAUGAAGGUGGUUGGUGGCCAAGAGAUACUAUAUUAGAAAGGGAGGAAGUUGCAUUUAAACUUGGAGAUGAGGUUUUGGCAUAUUUAAUUCAAGAGUUUAUGAUUGAGUUGAGCUCUUCUUAGCUAAGAGUCCUUGGAGUAGAAUAAUGGAUAUCAAGGCAAGGUUCGGACAGUUUUUUUUUUCUGGAGGGUGUAAAGAGAAUACGCACGGUCAAGAAAUCCCUCAACACAAACACUUUUGAUACUUAGUUUUUUAUUUUUCUUAAUUUUUGUGUUAUCCUCUUACUGAGAAAUUUCGAUAGACAUAGGAGUAUGUAUUAGUACUACUAUAAUGUGUAUAUAUGAUAGGGGCUUGUAAUGCUACAUUAGUCUUGAAUAAGCUUGGAGGAGAUAAUAAGCAC